AUGGCUAGAGGAGCAAGCCAAAGGAAGAAGCAGUCCGCGCUGGACAAGGAGAAGGCGAAGAAGCCGCUGAAUGGCCAGCCAAAGACCAUGGUCAUUCGCAUUGGCGCGCAGGAGGUUGGCGGCAGUGUCAGCCAGUUGGUGCAGGAUGUGAGGCAUGUCAUGGAGCCCGACACAGCUGUGCGGCUGAAGGAACGAAGAGCCAACAAACUCCGCGACUACACCGUCAUGUGCGGUCCCCUCGGCGUAACCCAUCUCCUCCUCUUCUCGCGCUCAGAGUCCGGCAACACCAACCUCCGUCUCGCACGCACGCCCCGCGGCCCUACGCUGCACUUCCGCGUCGAAAACUACUCGCUAUGCAAAGACAUCUUCAAGUCCAUGCGCCACCCUCGCUCCGGCGCAAACGACUUCCUCGUCGCGCCGCUGCUCGUCAUGAACAACUUCUUGACCUCCGACGCCGAGCGCGAACGCCUGGGUGACAAGGCGCCUCCCAAGCACCUCGAGAAACUCGUCACAGACAUGUUCCAAGGCCUGUUUCCCCCAAUCCAACCACAUACCACGCCCUUGCACACAAUAAAGCGCGUUCUCCUGCUCAACCGCGAACCCCCCAGCGAAGAAAACGGCUCCGUAACAAUCUCCAUGCGCCACUACGCCAUCACCACAAAGAUCACCGGCGUCCCCAAGCCCCUGCGCCGCCUGUACGCCGCCGAGAAACUGCUCGGCCGCGAGAAGAAAAAGCGCGCGCUGCCUGACCUGGGCAAGUUGGAGGAUGUCGCAGAUUACAUGCUCGACCCCAGCGCCGCGGGAUACACAUCCGCCUCCGACACCGACGCAGACACGGACUUUGAAAACGAAGUCGAAGUCUCCGCCCCCUCGCGCCAAAAAGUCCUGUCGCGCAAGGAAAAAGAGCGCCUGAAAGCCGGCGACACACCCUCCAACGCGCGCGCCAAGGGCUCCGCGCCCCGCGUCGAGAAGCGCGCGGUCAAACUCGUCGAGCUCGGGCCGCGCAUGAAGCUGCGCCUCACGAAAGUCGAGGAAGAUGUGUGCGGAGGCAAGAUCAUGUGGCAUGAGUUCAUCACCAAGACGGCGGCGCAGAAGGCCGAGUUGGAGCGCAAGUGGGCGGUCAGGAAGAAGGAGCGGGAUGAGAGGAGGAGGGUUCAGAAGGAGAAUGUGGAGCGGAAAAAGGCCGAGAAGGAGGCGAAUCGGAAGGCGAACGGGCACAAGGCUGGGGAAGAAGGAGAGGAGGAAGAGGAAGAGGAAGAUGAGCUGGAGGACUUUGAUGAUUUGGAUUUGGAUGAUGAUGUGUGGCAUGAUGAGGAUGGGAACGGGGAGGAUGCUGGGAACGACGAAGAAGAGGACGAGGACGAGGACAUGCAGGAUGCAGAGUAG